AGUGAAACGAGCAUGAUCAAUCAAUAUUUGUUUAAUAUAUAUAAAAAUGGUAUCUGAUUAUUGUUUUUGAAACUUAUUUAAGAGAAGUUGCAAAAAAAAAAAUAUUUUCAGGAGUUAUAAUUUUAUAUCUUCUAAGUCUCUAAUGGAGAUUGAAAUAGACCCACGCGAGGUUUUCUACUCUCAAGAUAGUAUCAGACCCAGGUUCAAGGACGACAACAGACAUGUUGAGGAUACUAUUAGACAACUUGUGAAAGGAAAAAUUUCACCAAGACAUAUCGAACGUAUUCGCGUGUGUACUUUAAACGGUAGAAUGCAUUCAUUAGACAAUCGACGGCUCUAUGUGUUCAAAGAGGCUAUUAAUCGUGGAGGUAAUUUCGAAACUGUGCCUGCAGUGAGAAGCUAUGCACACGAAGAACUUCAAAAUAAAAUGUCAAAAAGUUCUCCGUUUAAUGACUGGUCAGUAAUUAGAGUAAGGAAGGAUACACUUUCCGGAACACGAUAUAAUUAUAGUAGUUAUACAUAUGAUACGGAUUCGGAUGAUGAUGAGGAUACAAAUACAUUUGCAAAUACGUCAUAUACAAGAACACCACAAUAUGCAAAUACGUCAUAUACAAGAACACCACAAUAUGCAAAUACGUCAUAUACAAGAACACCACAAUAUGCAAAUACGCAAUAUACAAGUACGCAAUAUACGACGGGGGUGACGAAAACAAGUACAGUAUGGAAUCCUAUGUAUGUAUGUAUGGUGGUCAAUGUAUG